AUUCUUCGUACAUAUAUUUUCUAUGUUAGAGUAUUAAUAAAUUACGCGAGUGGUGAAUAGUAUUGGCAUAGUCGCGUGUGAACUCUUGCGCAACGGGCCGAUGAGCGGCCGUAUCGUUACGGUCUAAUUUGACAUCGGGAUUUAAAGAAAAAUGAUGCUGCAUCGGAGGAGAUUUUUCAUAUUACUAACACUAACAUGGAUCAUACAAGCUCAAGGCGCUGACAAAUACACAGAUGAAAAUAGACCUUAUGAAUUCGGAUUUAAAAUAGACGGUGAACAGCACAGGCAUGAAAAGAAAGAUGAAAACGGAAUCAUCAUGGGAGAAUUCGGAUUCAUCACCGCAGACGGUGUUUACCACGUAACUGUAUACGCUACUGAUGAAAAUGGAAAUUUCAAAAUAUUAUCCAUGAAAAAUAUAAGAGUAAAACCAUAUCCAUCAGGGCCUGAAAGAACUGGACAUUCACUUCCUUUCCCACCGUCUCAAAACCUGCCGCAAACACAAGGACCCAUAUCUCAAAAGCCACUGGCAGCAGUAUCUGGUCCAUCACAGGCAGCACCAACAAAAACUUGCUCUUCUUGCAGCAUUCCAACAACCACCACAAGAAAACCAGUACUGACAGAUAUAGCUGUGGUUUCACAUGAUCAAGUCAAUCAAGGUUUCAAUGGAGCAGUAAAUCAUCAACACAAUCAAGAUUAUCAACCAAAUUACCCCGUAGAAAAUUACCCUCAAAACAAUCAAGGUCAAAACUACCCCCAUCAAGGAACUGGACCGUACUAUCCUCAUGGAGAGCCUCUAGCAAAUUCAGGUGUUGGAUUGGACAGUCAACAACAAACUAAAGAAGGACCAACUUAUUCACAUCAAGGCGCAGAAUAUGAUCAAAAUAACCCGCCUCAUAAUGAAGAAGCUUCACAAUACCCAGAACAAGCUGGUCCAACAGGAGCACAACAACCAAGUCAAACGUUCCAAGCACCUUUCGGAAGUUCUGGUGGGGAACGAAACCCUAAACAAUUUAUUGAUUAUCCACAAGGAACAGUAGGAAACCAAGUACCAGGUGCCCAAGGAAAUCAAGGCAAUAACGGACAAUUCGGCUUCGGUGGACAAUUAGGACCGGUUGGGCAGUUUGGACCAGACGGAGCACAAGAUGGUAACAGACAAUCUGGAGGCGGAUUUAAUAAUAACAAUGAGCAAUUUGGACCAGGAAUAACAGGUGGUGAAAACGGACAAAUCAGACCCGGCGGAUCACAAGUACCCAAUAAACCUUUACUCGUAUCCGCACAAAUGCAAAUUGUAGAUAAAAAUACAGAUAUUUAUCAGAAAAAUCCCGGAGAAAAAGAUGGUUUACCUAAUGGCUUAACCAAAAACGAUAUGCAACAAUUACUUUAUACCUUCAAUUAUACAGUAGGAUUUCACGCGCAUUUCGAAGAAGGAUAUACAAAUGGAGCUAAACAAGGUUACUACUAUGUAACUGGCCGUAAUGGUGUAAGAACCAGAGUAGAUUAUGUGGCCGAUGAAAAAGGAUUCCGUCCUAAAAUUACACAAGAAGUACUUGAUUUGCUUUCGGAAGAUGUUCCAAAACCUGAAACUGAAAGAGACGAGAAAUACGGUCUUAAAGGUUAUGAAUUCAAAUGGCUUUACUAUCCUAUUGAAUCUAACUCAUGAUAUUAAAUAACAUUAUAAAUAUGUUACAAAAGUAUGUAAUAGUAACUUUAUUAAGAUUAAAUUUUUGUUAGCAUAAUUUUAGAAUAUAUUGUCUUUAAAAAGUAUUACUAUUAGUAUAUUAAGUUCUACUUUUUUAUUUCUAAACUGCCCAAUGUACUGCCAUUUAAUAAACAUUAUACGUUA